GAAUCGGUAACAAGGUUCGAGCAACGACUGGCAGCGGAUUCCGCGGUGCGACGAUCUCCGGAGGAAAAGUCACCAGCCUUGGUUUUUUUUUCUUUCGAGCGCGCCUAUACAGAUCGCCGAAGUACGUAGCAACUUAUCGACGAUUGUAUAACCGGAUGACGUGUCCGUUUGGUCGCAGCGUCGCGGGAGGAUUAAUGUGCUCCGUCGUUUAAUAGUGCGGACACGGUAACGGCGACGGACGGACCGAGCCGAAACGCACGCGUAAACAGACGUGACACGCGGCGACCGCAUUUCCAUGGCUGCUCCGAUGUUGUGAUUUAAGAGCGGCAUCGACAGGUAGUCGACGCUACGGUGGACCCAUUAAAUCCGAAGAAAUGCUGCGCACGUUCAAGGCGAUCCCAGCAGCAAGCAGCAACGGCUGCUGGCAGCUCUGCGGAGGAAUCUUUGCAGCGGAAAAGCCGCACGACAACGGACGGACGUGGAAACAGCGGCGGGUGUCCGUGCAACAAAAGCGACUUAAUCACGAUGCUGGGACGAAUUUGGCGCACAUAGCGCACGGCGGGAACGUGCCGUUGUUGAACUGGACCGUCGGCGAACUGGUCGGCACGGCAGCGGAGAGAUGGCCGAACAAAGUCUGCCUGGUGUCUGUCGAACAAGACAUUCGUCUGACGUUCUCGGAGCUGUUGCGUCGAGGUGAUCGUCUGGCGGCAGGUCUGAGGAGUCUGGGCCUGAGAAGAGGCGACCGCGUGGGAAUCUGGGGCCCGAACCAGGCGGAGUGGCUGCUGUCUUUCGUGGCGAUAGCCAGGGCCGGGAUGAUCGUGGUUGCGAUCAACCCCGCGUACCAACAGGACGAGAUCAACUAUUGCUUGGAGAAGGUUGGCGUCGCCGCGGUGAUCUCGCCGAAGAGCUUCAAGAGCCAAAACUACCCGGGCAUGCUGCUCACAGCGAUGCGGCACUGUCCCAGUUUGCGGCACAUAAUUAUCAAUUCGAAGGAUCACGUGACGGGCACCCGACGGCUCUGCGACGUCGAGGAGCUGCCAUCGAGGGGCGAGGUCGAGGCGAUCGCCAAGGAACAGGAGGCGAUCUCCUGCUACGACGGCAGCAACAUUCAGUUCACCUCGGGGACCACUGGAAGGCCGAAGGCGGCUCUGCUAAGCCAUAGGGGAUUGGUGAACAACGCGCGGCAGGUUCUAGAGCGAAUGGAGAUGCGCGAGGAGCUUAAGGCCUGCAUGAACGUGCCAUUCUUCCACGUGUUCGGCGUCGUGAAGAGCCUGGAGAUGAUGCACGCCGGGACCACGAUCGUGCUCGAGUCACCCUCGUUCAACCCGGUGAAGUCGAUCGAGGCGAUCCUGAAAGAGAAAUGCGAGAUCGCUUAUGGUACACCGACGAUGUGGAUCAAUCUUCUCGACACCUAUCAACGGCUCCAGCCACCCCCGAUCACGCUGUACUGCGGGGUCACCGGCGGAUCCCCCGCCUCGCCGGAGCUCUUCAAGAGGAUACGCGAGUGUUUCCGCUUCGACAAGAUUAAGACUAUCUACGGCCAGACGGAGGCAACUGCGGUGGUCUGCCAGUCGCUGCCAGGCGAGGCCGCGGAAUUGACGGAGACCACGAUCGGCCACAUCUCCUGCCACACGGAGCUCAAGGUCGUGGACUCCAAAGGCGAGACGGUGCCCUUCGGGACAGUCGGGGAGCUACUGGUACGCAGCUACGGCGUGAUGAUCAAGUACUGGGACGACGAAGAGAACACGAAGAAGACCGUGACGGAGGACGGCUGGAUGAUAACCGGCGACCAAUUCAUUCUGCGCUCGGACGGCUACGGGCACAUAGUCGGUCGACUGAAGGACAUGGUGAUCCGGGGCGGCGAGAACAUUUACCCAAAGGAGGUCGAGGACUUCUUGAUGACGCAUCCCCAGGUGCUCGAGGCGCAAGUCGUCGGCGUGCACGACGACGUCUACGGCGAGGAGAUGUGCGCGUGCGUGCGUGUUCGCGAAGGCGCCAGGAUCACCAAGGAGGAGCUCAGGGAGUACGGCAAGGGCAGGAUAGCGCACUACAAGAUACCACGGUACAUCGAGUUCGUCGACGAGUACCCGAAGACCACCAGCGGCAAGGUGCAAAAGUUCCUGCUGAAACAGGAAAUGGAGCGAAGCGGCGCGGUCCCGGCGAGCCCGCGAACAUCUGGCCGGCUCGCGAAGUCCGCCUGCCAUUAUUAACCCUUUGCGGUCUGAUCUCGUCCGAAGAUCAGAGCGUCACCACCCGUGGAAGUCGCGCGAAAUCGGAAUAAUAUUCCGGCGUAAUUGAGACGUAAUAUUUUGUGACUGUUUAUACAUAAGCGUAAGAAAUGCUUGCUUUAUGCAUCGCGUAUUUCGCACACUGUCUGUAGAUGGAGCGUACGAAAUCGUUUGCGUUAGUCGAACAAGAAAGUUCGUCGAAGAAAAUUGUACUGCCUGGACAAAAGUAUGAGACCUCAAGAAACAAAAGUAUGAAAAUGAUUGCAGUAAAUUCUCCCUGAUUUUCCUUCGGCUUGUAAACGAAAGUGGACAGUUUGGGAAGAGGAGAUACGAUUAUUCGAGCCUUGCACCUCGUUCUCGUAAUUGUUCACAAUCGGCAACUAUAAAAAUUAGGGAGAACUUACUGUAUUUAUUUUGAAGAAACGCACUACUCUCUGUAGUCUCUUUUAAAUUGUAGCACAAAUUAUAACUUGUUUCAUGCAAGAUUCUUAUUCGUUUUUAAGAGUAAAUCGCGCAAUUUAUAAUUGA